AUGGUCGCCAUAUACUACCACGACAACCUAGAUACGCCAGAAAACUUCACAGAAGACCACGACUCGGGGGUCCCCGUGCCCGAGGAAAGAUUGUCAGAAAUCGGUGUCUUUUAUCGUUACAUUGACAAUAUGGAAGAUUUGGAGAAAAUUGCUAAGGAAAGAGACUACAAGAACAGGGAUCAGAUUGCGCUCAAUUUGGACACAUUCAAAGGAGACCAAAAAGCCUUUGACGCUAAAAUGGCCCAGUUUUACAAAGAACACUACCAUGAAGAUGAGGAAAUCAGGUACAUCUUGGAUGGAGAGGGUUUCUUCGAUGUGCGAGACCCGGAGGACAGAUGGAUCAGGGCUAAGCUCAACAAGGGUGAUUUGUUGAUUUUGCCUGCUGGCAUUUAUCACCGCUUCACCUUGUCUAAGAGACUUCAGUAUGUGAAGGCUAUGAGACUCUUCAAAGAUGAACCUAAAUGGGAGGCCAUCAACAGGGAUGAGGGCCGCAACACUGAGGCUCGUUUGGAAUACUCCAAAUCGGUGGCCAGCGCUGCUUGA